AUGGCUGAGGCACCUCAGCAGCAGCAGGAGGUGAAGGAGGAGGAGGAGGAGCAGCAGCAGGAGGAGAAUGAGCAGGAGAAGGAGCAGCAGGAGGAGGAGCAGCAGGAGGAGGAGCAGCAGCAGGAGGUGAAGGAGGAGCAGCAGGAGAAGGAGCAGCCGAGUCCUGUGGAGACGACGGAGCCCAGCGAAGGUUCUGAGGAGGAGACUGAGAGCGUCCCCAUGCCCAAGGCCCGACCUCUGCUGUCCGUGAGGUCCAUGAGCAACGUGGACCCUGAGGACAAGUCGCCCAACAUGAUCGUCUACAGAAAGAUUGAGGACAUUGUCACUCGUAUCCAGGACGAGACGGAGGGGGUUCCCAUCAGAACCGUCAAGAGCUUCAUGACCAAAAUCCCCAGUGUCGUCACGGGUACAGAUAUCGUACAGUGGAUGAUGAAGAACUUGGCCAUUGAAGAUCCAGUCGAGGCCAUGCACAUCGGGAGUCUCAUCGCAGCUCAGGGAUACUUCUUCCCAAUCUCAGAUCACGUUCUCUCCCUCAAAGACGACGGCGCCUUCUAUCGCUUUCAGGCUCCAUAUUUCUGGCCGUCCAACUGCUGGGAGCCUGAAAACACUGAUUAUGCUAUCUACCUGUGCAAGCGGACCAUGCAGAAUAAGACCAGGCUGGAGCUGGCAGAUUACGAGGCGGAAAACCUCGCCAGGCUGCAGAGAGCCUUUGCCAGGAAGUGGGAGUUUAUCUACAUGCAAGCUGAGGCCCAGGUCAAGAUCGACAGGAAAAAGGAUAAAACCGAGAGGAAGAUCCUGGACAGCCAGGAGAGGGCCUUCUGGGACGUCCACCGACCUGUGCCGGGAUGUGUGAACACCACAGAGAUGGACAUAAGAAAGUGUCGACGCAUGAAGAACCCUCACAGAGUCAAGAAGUCGGUGUACGGUUUGGCAGAGGAGGGAACGCAGGCUCAGAGUCCCAUACACACUCCUUCACACCUCAGCAGGAAAGGCACCAAGGAGGACGUCGAGAAAGAGAUCUUUUUCCUGAACCUGCAGUUGGAUCGUCACUGUAUGAAAAUGUCUAAAGUCGCUGACAGUCUGAUGACCUACACGGAGCAGUACAUGGAGUAUGACCCGUUUGUGACGGCCACAGAACCAUCAAACCCCUGGACCAGCGAUGAUCCGUCCUUCUGGGACGUGGAGGCGAGUAAGGAGCCCAGUCAGCAGCGGGUGAGGAAGUGGGGCUUCUCUCUGCAGGAGGCCCUGAAGGACCACGCGGGACAGGAGCUCUUCCUCAAGUUCCUGGAGUCGGAGUUCAGCUCGGAGAACCUGCGGUUCUGGUUGGCGGUGCAGGACAUGAAGAGGAGGCCUCAGCAGGAGGUCACACAGAGGGCGCAGGACAUUUGGACGGAGUUCCUGGCCGAAGGAGCUCCCAGCUCCAUCAACCUGGACUCCCACAGCUACGAGCGCACCAGCCACAACCUGAAAGACCCCGGACGCUACAGCUACGUGGACGCACAGGACCACAUCUACAAACUGAUGAAAAGCGACAGCUAUGCACGCUUCCUGCGCUCCAACCUGUACCAGGACCUGCUGAUGGCGAGGAAGAAACCGGAGACGGAGCAGGGACGACGCACCUCCCUGGAGAAGUUCACUCGCAGUGUGGGCAAGUCGCUGACGGGCAAACGACUCACGGGCCUCAUGCAGUCGUCCUGA